AUGUUCCACCGUCAUCGUCCGACCACCACUACAACGCGCACUACGAAGCCAACCUUCAUGACUCGCCUCAAGGGCCGCAAUGCUCGAACCCAAACAGUGAAGACUAAGACCACUACAACGCGCCAUGAGGGCCGACCAUCCAAGGGUCGCAAAUGGGGCAGACCUACGACGCAGCAACGUCGCCGCAGGGUGACAUUUGGCGAUAAAGUAUCGGGGGCUAUGCUUAAGUUGAAGGGCAGCCUGACCAAUCGUCCUGCAGUCAAAGUAAAUCUCUCCCUAGAGGAGACUCAAUCUGGAAAUUUCGACUGA